AUGAAUGUAGGAAGAGAAACUCUUAUUAGUGACAGAACUAUACAUUGUGUUGAGGAUGAAAUUGAGAAGUUUUCAUCUGAACCAGACGAUUUAACAGAAAAACUCAAGUAUCGCACGUCAAUAUUGCUGUAUAAUAUGUGCAGCAUGUACAACACCUUUAUGGACUAUGUUGGCAAACAACAUCAAAGACUUUCCGAACAAAAAUUUCAGAUAAACAAACUUAAACAGGAACUUGCUGAAACUAAAACCACGAAAAAAUUGCUAGAAGAACAAUUAUUGGCAUCUAAAUUAGAAUUGGAAAAUUUGAAACGAAAACUAUUCACUUAG